AUUACUGGGGGCAAAAUGGCGUCGGCUAUACUGCGGCUCCCGCUGCGACUUUUCACCAGAGAUGCGGGGGUAGUGAGCCGUAACACCGGCUCGAAAACAUCAAACAUAUCCAAGACGACUCAAAGCCGGACCGCAGUGUCAUCGUCGUCGGGGGCUGUCUUACCGAAACCGGACAAAACACCAUUUGGUCUCAUCCGCAUGACAGCAGUGGUGGUGCCUUUCCUGUACGUGGGAACUCUGAUCAGCAAGAACUUUGCCGCUCUCUUGGAAGAGCAUGACAUCUUUGUCCCCGAGGACGAUGACGACGACGACUGAGCCCGCUCCAGAAAACAAAUGGGUGCUUUGCAAUAUCGAGUGAGAGCACACCAGCCGGCACAAGGAAGAUUGGGAAGAUGGGGCACAUUUGACAUCCCUCCACCCGUCUCCUCCCUCUCCCCUCUGCUAUUCAUCAUUGUUUUUCCUAAAUUCACUCAGUUGAAAUCUCAUAUCAUGUGAAGCUAUCAAAACGACUAGUUAUGCCUUCACUCUUGUUUGCAUGUUUGUAUGACAACUCAAUAAAGGGAGUCGAUUACACGUGGA